UUCAUUUGUGAUUCAAAAGCCCGCAGAGAGACGAAAAAGAAGAGGUCUUUCCUUCUUUGGACGGCGAUCAAAGCACGCAAAAGCAGCAUAAACGAAGUCUUUUUGACGAGAUCUGGCCGAUCUGUUGUUGUUUAUAGUGAAAUCGAGCAGAGUAAAGGACGAAAGCUCUGAUCUUUGGUGCUGGAUCUUGGGAAAAGCUCGCCUUUUUAGAAUCUAUUUUGUUUGUUUUUUAGAAUUGUUGAUUUGGUGGAUUUUUUUUUGAAGCUGCUCGAGAUCUCGAACUGGUUGUAGAUAGAAAUGGCAACUGCAGCAAAUAUAGUAGUUGGAUCUCAAGUUUGGGUUGGGGAUCCUGAAGUGGCUUGGAUAGAUGGGGAGGUCUUGGAGAUUAAUGGCGACGUUAUUAAGAUCAGUUGCACAUCUGGAAAGACGGUUGUUACAAAAGUAUCUAAUAUUUAUCCUAAGGAUGCUGAAGCUUCUCCUUGUGGUGUUGACGACAUGACAAAACUGGCCUACUUGCAUGAGCCUGGUGUUCUUCAGAAUCUAAAAUCGAGAUAUGACAUGAAUGAGAUAUAUACCUAUACUGGAAAUAUAUUGAUUGCUGUGAAUCCUUUCCGAAGGCUUCCUCAUCUUUAUGACAGCCACAUGAUGCAACAAUACAAAGGGGCAGCCUUUGGUGAGCUUAGCCCGCAUCCCUUUGCAGUUGCCGAUGCUGCAUAUAGAUUGAUGAUAAAUGAGGGAGUAAGCCAGUCAAUUUUAGUUAGUGGUGAAAGUGGGGCUGGUAAAACAGAAAGCACUAAGUUGCUUAUGCGCUAUCUCGCACACAUGGGAGGAAGAAGUGCAGCUGAAGGGCGAUCUGUAGAGCAACAAGUUCUGGAAUCAAAUCCUGUUCUAGAAGCAUUUGGCAAUGCUAAGACUGUCAGGAAUAAUAAUUCCAGUCGUUUUGGCAAGUUUGUUGAGCUACAAUUUGAUGAGAGGGGGCGAAUUUCAGGAGCUGCUGUUCGAACAUAUCUUCUUGAGAGGUCUCGUGUUUGCCAAAUUUCUACUCCUGAAAGAAACUAUCACUGUUUCUACAUGCUUUGUGCAGCACCGCCUGAGGAUGUCAAGAGACUUAAACUGGGAAAUCCUAGAAGCUUUCAUUAUCUCAACCAGUCAGACUGCUAUGAGCUUGAGGGUGUUGAUGAUUCAAAGGAAUAUCUGGAAACAAGAAGAGCUAUGGAUAUUGUUGGAAUCAGUGCUGAUGAUCAGGACGCAAUCUUCCGUGUUGUCGCCGCUAUUCUUCAUCUAGGCAAUAUUGAAUUCAAAGAAGGUGCUGAAACAGAUUCAUCUCAACCUAAGGACGAAAAGUCUUUGUUCCAUUUAAGAACUGCUGCUGAACUUCUCAUGUGUGAUGUAAAGGCCCUUGAAGAUUCUCUAUGUAAGCGUAUUAUUGUAACCCGUGAUGAGAACAUAACAAAAAGUUUAGACCCUGAGGCAGCAGUUCUCAGCAGAGAUGCCUUGGCAAAAGUUGUCUAUUCACAGUUGUUUGAUUGGCUUGUGAAUAAGAUCAACAGUUCAAUUGGUCAAGAUCCUAAUUCGAAGUUUCUAAUAGGGGUUCUCGAUAUAUAUGGCUUUGAAAGUUUCAAGACAAACAGCUUUGAGCAGUUCUGUAUCAAUCUGACAAAUGAAAAACUGCAGCAGCAUUUUAAUCAGCAUGUUUUCAAAAUGGAGCAAGAGGAGUAUACAAAAGAAGAAAUAAAUUGGAGUUACAUUGAGUUUAUUGACAACCAGGAUAUUCUGGAUCUUAUUGAAAAGAAACCAGGUGGGAUCAUUGCUCUUUUGGAUGAGGCUUGUGUUUUGCCGAGGUCUACACAUGAAACAUUUGCACAAAAGCUGUAUCAGACUUUUAAAACUCAUAAACGCUUUAGCAAACCUAAAUUGGCGAGAUCUGAUUUCACUAUUCAUCACUAUGCUGGUGAUGUGACUUACCAGACGGAACUGUUUUUGGACAAAAACAAAGAUUAUGUUGUUGCAGAGCAUCAAGCACUUCUGUGUGAUUCCAAAUGCUCUUUCGUUUCAGGUUUAUUUCCGCCUCUGCCUGAGGAUACGUCAAAAUCUUCAAAGUUUUCGUCUAUAGGAUCACGCUUUAAGCAACAAUUGCAAGCUUUGCUAGAAACUUUAAGUGCCACAGAACCACACUACAUUCGCUGCGUUAAGCCUAAUAAUCUUCUUAAACCAGCAAUAUUUGAGAACAGUAAUGUUCUCCAGCAGCUUCGAUGUGGGGGAGUGAUGGAGGCUAUUAGGAUAAGCUGUGCUGGAUAUCCAACAAGGAGGACAUUUUAUGAAUUUAUAGAUCGUUUUGGCAUUCUUGCACCUGAAGUUUUGGAUGGAAGUUGUGAUGAAGUUACUGCUUCAAAGAGGCUUCUAGAGAAGGUGGAUCUCCAAGGCUUUCAGAUUGGAAAAACAAAGGUCUUUCUUCGGGCUGGCCAGAUGGCUGAACUAGAUGCUCGUAGAAGUGAAGUAUUAGGGAGGUCAGCUAAGAUAAUUCAAUGGAAAUUCCGUUCAUAUCUAGCUCGAAGAAGUUUCAUUUUACAACGGAAGUCAGCUAUACUGCUUCAAGCUAUAUGCAGAGGACAUGUUGCACGCCAAGUUUACGAAGCCUUGCGCCAAGAAGCUGCUGCUUUGCGAAUCCAGACGAACCUCCGUAUGUAUAUUGCAAGGAAAGAUUACAAGGAACUGUUGUCUUCAUCUGUUACAAUUCAGGCUGGUUUGCGAGGAAUGGCUGCUCGUAAGGAGCUUCACUUCAGACGGCAAACAAGAGCUGCAACUGUUAUUCAGAGCUACUGCCGCCAAUACUUGGCACGUUUACAUUAUACAAGGAUAAAGAAGGCAGCAAUCACUACUCAGUGUGCUUGGAGAGGAAAAGUUGCUAGAAGAGAGCUACGAAAGCUCAAGAUGGCUGCAAGGGAAACUGGCGCUCUUCAAGCUGCCAAAAAUAAGUUGGAAAAGCAAGUUGAGGAACUUACAUGGAGGCUACAACUGGAAAAACGCAUGAGGGCUGACAUAGAGGAAGCUAAAACACAAGAAAAUGCAAAGUUGCAGUCUGCUUUUCAGGAAUUGCAACUGCAAUUCAAGGAGGCAAAAGAUAUGCUGGUUAAGGAGCGGGAGGCUAGCAAAAAGGCUGCUGAGGCAGUUCCUGUAAUACGAGAGGUCCCAGUUGUUGACACAGCUCUCAUGGAGAAGCUUACCACUGAAAACAAUAAACUUAAGGCUUUGGUGACUUCCCUUGAGAAGAGGAUUGAUGAUGCUGACAAAAAAUGCGCGGAGACAAUCAGAGUUAGUGAAGAAAGAUUAAAGAAUGCGGUAGAAGCUGAGUCAAAGAUCAAUAACAUGAAUAAAGAGAUGCAAAGGUUACAAGAGAAGCUGUUAAAUAUGGAAUCUGAGAACCAAAUUCUCCGGCAGCAAACAUUGUUAAAUUCACCUGUAAAACGCAUGUCUGAACAUUUAUCAAUACCGACAACUCCAACAAAACAGAAUUUGGAUAACGGCCACAUUGAUUUCGAAGAGCUUAAGGAACCGCAUAGUGCCCCACCAGCCAUCAAGGAUUAUGCAAACUCUGAUCCUAAGUUGACGAGGUCUUAUGUUGAGAGACAGCAUGAGAAUGUUGACGCUCUGAUCAACUGUGUAGUUCGGAACAUUGGUUUCAGCAAUAAUAAACCAGUGGCCGCACUUACCAUCUACAAAUGUCUUCUUAAUUGGAAGUCAUUUGAAUCAGAGAAAACUAGUGUUUUUGAUCGUCUUAUCCAGAUGAUUGGGUAUGCAAUUGAGAAUGAGGAGAGCAGUGACCACUUGGCUUAUUGGCUAUCAAACUCAUCUGCUCUGUUAUUUUUACUGCAAAAGAGUCUCAAAGCUGCUGGAACAGGAGGCGCUAUUCCACGGCGAAAACCUCCCCCUCCGACAUCAUUGUUUGGGAGGAUGACUCAAGGAUUCCGUUCUUCCCCAUCCUCUGCAAAUCUUAAUCUGGAUGGACUUGAUGCUGUUCGGCAAGUAGAGGCGAAGUAUCCUGCCUUGCUUUUCAAGCAGCAGCUCACAGCUUAUGUGGAGAAAAUAUAUGGAAUAAUUCGUGAUAACACAAAAAAAGAUCUGACUUCCUUGCUUUCCUUGUGCAUUCAGGCACCAAGGACAGCAAGAGGCGGCAUGGUCAGGGGAUCUGGACGUUCAUUUGGGAAUCACACUCAAAGCAGUCAUUGGCAGAACAUCAUUGAGACUCUCAACAAUCUCCUGAAAACAUUGCAAGAAAAUUACGUCCCUCCUGUUUUGAUCCAAAAGAUGUUUCUUCAAAUAUUUUCAUUCAUAAAUGUGCAACUCUUUAACAGUCUUCUCCUCCGCCGUGAAUGUUGCUCAUUCAGCAACGGGGAAUAUGUGAAGUCCGGCUUGGCUGAAUUGGAGUUGUGGUGUGCACAAGCAAAAUCCGAGUAUGUCGGAGCAUCAUGGGAUGAACUUAAGCACAUAAGGCAAGCAGUGGGCUUCCUGGUUAUAUUCCAGAAGUAUAGGAUCUCAUAUGAUGAAAUAGUUAACGAUCUUUGUCCUGUUUUGAGUGUUCAACAACUUUAUAGAAUAUGCACGCAAUACUGGGAUGACAAGUACAACACUAAAAGCGUUUCCUCAAGUGUUCUUUCCAGCAUGAGGAUACUAAUGACUGAAGAUUCCAACAAUGCAGUCAGCAGUGCCUUCUUGUUGGAUGAUAAUUCCAGCAUUCCUUUCUCGGUCGAUGACAUAUCAAGCUCGGGGCAAGAGAAGGAAUUUUCCGAUGUCAAACCAGCAGAAGAGUUGCUCGAGAAUCCGGCCUUCCAGUUUUUGAAGGAGUGAGGCAUUGGAAUCUUGACGGCUUCUCACCAUAUUCUUUACUUCUCCAAGUUUUUGUUUCACAAGGCAGAAGGCAGUUCACAAUAUACUACUGCUGUAAAUCCAUUGUUUCCUUUUAUUCUCCUCUGCUUGGUUUGUAUUAUGAUUCUUUUGUAUUUAGAUGUGUAAAGUUCAUAGGGGAUAUAAGUAUUUUUUUUUUAUAAUUUUUUUAGGGUUGGGUUGAGUUUUCCCUCUCCCAAAGAGCUCUAUUUUUAUUUUUUUUUUUUCUUUCUGAUUUAAUGAUCAAUCAGAGGAACUAUUCUUUGUUUUUUUUAUAGGUUUUUUUAAUCAUUCAAAUAUGGCAGUCUUAAGUUCGUUGUACAACUAUAUAAGCAUCAAACACUUGUUUGUAUUUGAUUUUU